AAUAAAUACACUGGCGAGUUCCACACUGUGGAGCCUUGCGUGCUGUUUGUUUAGGUUCGUUUGCUCGUUCCCUUGUAAUUUUGUUCCUCAUUUAUAUUAUAAAAAAAAAACUUUUGCUUCUGAAUAUUAAACUGCAGCCAUUGAUGUAUCAUACUGACAAACCUGAAAAGACAAACUAGAAGCAAUCAUGGCUAUUGCAGCUGUUAAAGGAAAGCUGAUGGCAGUUAUUGGCGAUGAGGAUACCUGCGUUGGUUUUCUUCUUGGUGGCAUUGGAGAAAUGAACAAGUCAAGAAAACCAAAUUUUAUGGUAGUCAACAAAGAAACUCCCCUCAACGAGAUAGAGGAUGCAUUCAAGAAGUUUGUCACCCGUGACGACAUCGACAUUAUUCUGAUCAACCAGAUUAUUGCCGAGCAGAUCCGUCACGUGAUCGACGGUCACAGCAGCGCGCUGCCGGCGGUGCUGGAGAUUCCCUCGAAGGACUCGCCGUACGACCCGACCAAGGACUCGAUUCUGCGACGGGCUAAGGGUAUGUUCAGCGCCGAGGAUUUCAGAUAAGUGGUCGAUAUGGAGCGUGCAUUGGACACGUACCGAUGGCACUCUCGUCAGCCCUCCCUCGCUGGUGUCCGCGUGUGUGUGUGGGAGAGAGAGUGCGCUGAUCGCCGAUUGUGUCGUUCGCAUCAUUCCAGGACACUUAUUUAGUAAAUUUGAGCUGCCGUUGGCUGAUGUCGAUAUAUGUAAAUAGUGUGUGCUAUAGAUUCUGUGGCGUGUGGUCUCCGGUUGAUGUCUUAUGUGGAAUGAUGUAGAUGCAAGAAUUGGAGGCGAUUUUUGGCACGACACGCUAAUAAUGAUACACUGAAUGACUUGUUAGCUGCGAGUAUUGAAGAUUUAGGAACAGAUAUAUGUACGUGAAUAUGACUUCAGUAAAUAUAUACCACUGAAUGUAAA